AUGUCUCUGCUCCCUCCACGGAGAACUUGCUUCUAGCUUGCUACUCUCACUUCCUCCAUUAGCCUAAAACUUGAUUCCGAGUUUCCAACCUCCUGUGUGGCUGUGUUCAGCAUCCCGGUAGCACUCUGUGAAGAAUUCAAUUCAGAGCACGCCGCGAUGACGCAAAAGAUUGUGAUCAAGGUGGAUAUGACGUCCGACAGGUGCCGGUCCAAGGCCAUGGCGCUGGUGGCGGCGACGUCAGGGGUGGACUCGGUGGCACUCGCCGGAGAUCCCAAGGACCAGGUGGUAGUCGUCGGAGACGGCGUCGACCCCGUCAAACUCAUCACCGUGCUGCGCAGGAAGGUCGGCCACGCGCAGCUCGUGCAGGUCGGCGAAGCCAAGAAAGAGGAGAAGAAGCCCGCCGCCGCCGUUGAGUACACUUACCAGUACUACCCUUCGCACGCGGUGCCGCUCUACGAGCACACCGCCGGCGCCUACGGUUACCAGCAGUACCACUCCCGGCCGGGCACCUGCUCCAUAAUGUAGAUUGAGCUGGUGGAUAUUUUAGGCCCGCGGCAUGUACACAAGAGGUUUGCAGGCAAUCGCAAACGUACGUAUACAGUUCUUGGGUAUUCUUUCUCUUCUUCAAUCGGGGUUUAGGCGUUUAGCUUUUGUUGCGUUGCGUUGGUUGUUGUCAAAGCUUCCUGUAGUUAAUUAAUUUCGUAUUCAAAUUAAUUAUCACAGGCUUAGGCAAAAUA